AUGGAAUUCAGAAGAACCUACGAAACACUUCUGCCCGAGUGUUGACUCCUUCCCACCCCCCGGUCACCAAUAUGCGUCAUUCCUCAGACAGACCAUCAUCCUGCGCGGAUAUGAUGAGCAAAUGGUCCGCCAAGCCAGCCGAUUACCAGGCAACGAGGCUUCGCAACAACCAACGGCGCCACCGCGAGCGAGUCAAACACCAUAUUACAGGGUUGGAAGCCCGCCUGGCAGAGACUCAGCUGCAGCUCGACAAGGCGUUAGCACGCAUUUCUGAGCUGACGGAGGAGCUGCAUCUCGCAAAAACACUUCCUGCAGAGACCAUCCGCCAAACAGAGCUCAUUCACAGCGGCACCCCCGACGACAUCCGCGUAGCCCGAAGAGUCAAUCCUGCACCAUUGACACAAGUGCCUUGUGCAAUCCAGGAGUUGGAUGCAUCUUUAGCCGAUCGAAAUGCUUUACCCCCAGCCCAGAAGCAGAGGGAUGACGCAGCUUUACAACCCCACCUUGUCACUGAGAAAAUGCCAUGGCCAGAGAAGUUGGCCGAGCCUGCUUCUCCUGUACUCUCAGCUCCAUCCAUGAACAACACCAUAUUGCAAGGAUUCACACUCGGCCAUGAUGAGGUGGCAGAUGGAGGAGAACAAGACUGCUCUGACCUACCGCCUCCUAACCCGGACGAAUCGACAACUCGCUGCCGGGAGGCAUUCACGAUCAUCGCAACGCACAACUACAGCGGUUUAGAUAUCUCGGCGAUCCGCAGGCACUUGCAGCCCGGGUUCCGGGGUUCGAUUGUCAGCGGCGACGGCUGUCGUGUGGAUAAUAGGUUGUUGUUUGCUCUGUUGGAUUCCAUAGGCUCUUCGUGAGCAUGAAGGUCUGCUUGGGAUAGAUGGGGCUAGAGCGGUCAUAUGAGAGGACCAUUGUCCCGGCUUGCUCCC